GAGCCCACCCAGAGACCCGCCUCGUUCAUUCAAUUGGUCUGCCACGAACCUGUUUGGUGAAAUCCGCCGUUUGUCAGUCAACACUACUGUAUCCUCCUCCUCGCUUGGCAUCAUCCUGUUGUGUGCCCACCUAGUUCCAGCGACGAACGACCCGAAAGCUUUCUGCUUGAAGUGAAUAUAUUUCUAGCAAAAGCCGCCGGCUCGGCACGCGUUUUUCAGAUUUGUUUUCGGUCGUUGUCGUAGCAUUUUAUUUUAUCGUCAAAAUGAGCCAAGAUGUAAUAGGCUGCUGUGUAGUUAUUGCUAGCUAGGCAGUCAAAUUCCUUCAACCAGCAGCCUGCUGCUUCAAUCACUGCGGGUUGACACAUUUUAGCCGAGGCGCUGUUUAGUGAGCUAGCGGGCUAGCAGGGCAGCCUCCGUAGUCGUUACGUCUAAUUUAGCCAGCGUUAGCUGAUGUAGUUACUCGGAAAAUAGGCGCAGUGCUGCGGUGUGGCUAGUGCAAUAUAGAUUACCACUCUAAUAUUAGCCUGCUGACAAGGGGUCUUUACUUUUACAGACUAAACGGGCUUAUCUAGCGUUGGGGAGAGUGCACAGAUAUCAGCUGUUACGGGUUCGGAUGUGGCGACUCUGCGGUCUUAAACCACUUUUAGCGGAUUGAGAAGAUUAAAUUAAAGAAGGUAGAAUUGGAUCUCCCAGUGACACACGAGGGGUUAAUGAUAUAAACGGGUAUUAAGUAGCUAAUCUGUGGCAGCUGGAGUCAUUUUAAUAUUAGCUGUAUUAAGAGGCGUGCAGGCUGAGAGCAUCUCGGGGAGGCCCCACCGUCUCCUGGCUCCCUCCUCCUUGUCCGAAUCUCCCGUGAUUUGCUGAGAUCGCCCGGUUGAAGUCGCAGUUGCUCUCGGCCGGGGGGACAACUUGACAGCGAGGCCCCUUGGCUAGUCUCCCCCCCCACCCCCUCCCCCAGUCCUAUCCAUCCACUCGUCCGGUCCGACACUACUACUACUACCACCACCACCACCACCACCUCCUCGCUAGAGACAGAAGCGAGGAAACCGGGGUUCGGGAGAAGCUGAAACCGUGGGCAAGUGUUCGUUAGGUCCCGCCUGAACCGGGCUGCCAAAAACCAGAGGGGAUGACUCUGGAGUCCAUGAUGGCUUGCUGCCUGAGCGAAGAGGCGAAGGAGUCGAAACGAAUUAAUGCAGAAAUUGACAAACAACUCCGCCGAGACAAGCGAGACUCCAGGAGAGAGCUGAAAUUACUGCUGCUCGGUACAGGAGAAAGUGGCAAGAGCACCUUCAUCAAGCAGAUGAGGAUCAUCCAUGGAGCUGGAUACUCUGAUGAAGAUAAAAGAGGCUUCAUUCGACUUGUUUAUCAAAACAUCUUCACCUCCAUGCAGUCCAUGAUCCGCGCCACUGAGAACCUCAAGAUCCCCUACAAAUAUGAAGACAACCGGGCUAAUGCUAUGCUUGUGAAGGAGGUGGACAUUGAGAAGAUCAAUAGUUUUGAGCAACCAUACAUCACAGCUAUUAAAACCCUGUGGGCUGAUCCAGGAAUCCAGGAGGCCUACGACCGUCGCAGAGAAUACCAGCUCUCUGACUCCACAAAAUAUUACCUUAGUGAUAUAGACCGUGUGACUGCGGAGGGUUAUGUUCCCACCCAGCAAGAUGUACUGAGGGUCCGUGUUCCCACCACGGGUAUAAUAGAGUACCCGUUUGACCUGGAGAACGUCAUCUUCAGGAUGGUAGAUGUAGGGGGCCAGAGGUCAGAGAGGAGGAAGUGGAUUCACUGCUUUGAGAAUGUCACUUCCAUUAUGUUUCUUGUGGCGCUGAGUGAGUAUGAUCAGGUCCUGGUGGAGUCAGACAAUGAGAACCGCAUGGAAGAGAGUAAGGCUCUGUUCAGGACUAUCAUUACCUACCCGUGGUUUCAAAACUCCUCUGUCAUCCUCUUCCUUAAUAAGAAAGACCUGCUAGAGGAGAAGAUCACCUACUCGCACUUGGUGGACUACUUUCCCGAGUUUGAUGGUCCCCAGAGAGAUGCACAGGCGGCGCGGGAGUUCAUCCUCAAGAUGUUUGUGGACUUAAACCCAGACAGCGACAAGAUCAUCUACUCUCACUUCACUUGUGCCACGGACACUGAGAACAUCCGCUUUGUGUUUGCAGCUGUCAAAGACACCAUCCUACAGCUCAAUCUCAAAGAGUACAACCUGGUGUGAGGGCUCAAAUGCGACGCACAUCUCCUCCCCCACUGCACAAAUGCACACCUCUUUGGGAAUGUGCCGUCAGCUCCACAUGCAUUACACAGCACAUCACUCCAGCUCACAUACACAAACACACACAGCCGCAGAUGUGCUCGCAUGCACGCACACAAUCCCUCCCCCAACAGAACCGUUUUUUUUGUUUGUUUUUUUUCUCCCCCUUUCUCCCAGUACAGUGAACCCACAGAUCCUCCCACCUGCAGACGUUGCCCCUCUUCUUUCACCAAAGCCUCUUCCUCCUCCUCUCGGCAGCUUGCUGUGUUAGUCUUCAGUCCUCCCAAAGCUGCUCUGUGUGUGUGGGUGUGGAUUUGGCCCCGGCUGCUGGCUCUGGCACACAAACCUUUCACACGAGCUAUACAGUGACUGGAGGGGAUUUUGGUGUGAGUGCGUGUGUGUGUUUGUGUAUUGGGGGCAUCAUUGAUUAGAGAGGAUCUGUGUUUCGGUGAAUAGCGGCAUCAUACCCCCUGGCCCUUCGGAGUUUACCUUCAGCGGUGCGAGAGCAGAUCCUCCGUCGUCUCCUUUCCACGCUCCUGCCAGUGUGGAAUUAACAGAGUUCCAUAUUUUCUGACACAAUCUGAGGACCUGAGAGAUACUUCAGAGCGACUCGGUGGGGGACGGGACUGAGGAUUCUGUCUCAAUCUUGCGUCUAUGAAUGUACCCACCAGUGUGAGCAUCGCAAUCACAAAAAAUAGAAAAAAAUAUAUAUUAUGAAGUAAAUGCAUAUGUAAACACUUAAAACAUGAAGGGGGGAGGGGGUCAGGGAGCAGGAGAUGGCUAAUCAAAAUCUGUUAAUUGCUGAGAUU